CGGAGUGCAGCAGCAUCUUCAGGGGCCUCUGCAGCGGAGCCGCUGGUGGAGGAGUAUUUGACCUGAGGAACACACAGGAGGGAUUUUAUUUCUUAUUUUUAUUUUUGUUUUUACAGUUGUGCACAGAAACAGCCUGAUGCUGUCAGAGGGCAGACAGACGCCUGUGGCGGCCGCCGCCGCUCUCCACGGCCCCGGCGGAGAGGAGCAGACAGAGACGUGCCCGCGCAGCGCCCUGCUCGACCAAAGCCGGCGGCACCGGACAGCUUUCACGCGAGAGCAGCUGUCCCGGCUGGAGCAGGAGUACGUGAAGGAGAGCUACGUGUCCAGACCCCGGCGCUGCGAGCUGGCCACGGCGCUCAACUUACCGGAGACAACGAUCAAGGUGUGGUUCCAGAACAGGAGGAUGAAGGACAAGCGGCAGAGACACUCCUUGCCGUGGCCUCACCCUCUUGUGGACCCCCUGGGAGCGCUCCUGAUGGGCCGUGCCUCUCCUUCCUCCACCUUACCUUACCCAUUCAUCCCGCCCCACCUCCCACACCUUCCCCUCCACCACCACUACCCCCUGGCUCUCUCCUCACCAGGAUCCUCUGCUCACAGUCGCUACAGCGCACCUAUGCGAACUCUGGAUGCACUCCGCCUGUCCCAGUACCACAACAGAUCAGGGGGGCUGCCUCCAACCGCAGCAGCCCUCUACCCCUCCUCCAGCAUCAUGCAUCAUCCAGCCUCAUGCCCUUGCCCCCUCUGCCUUCACUGGGGACCAGAACAACUGCUCAAAGCUAGAGGGGAGGCACUGGGAUUGAGCCAACCCCACAGUCCCAAAGCCAACAUCCAGUCUGGCGGUCUGGAGCGGCGGGAAGAGAUGGUGUAACCCCAGGCAGACACGCCGCAAGGCUGUCAAACAAGCCGCUGCAAGCACAUCACAGUAUUCUCACUGUGACUUUAAUUCAUGCGAUUUACAUGAUGGAGCUUGUUAAGUCACAAUGGUGAUGCACCCCAUUCAAGAGUUUAACUAGUUAUUAUUUACCUCCUAAUAACAGAGGAGACUCACAAGCCUCUCAAAACAGGAACCAGAGACACGUCGUUCCAAGGUAUUAUAUAAAGGUCCCAUAUUGUAGUUAGGACAAUGUCAUGUUUCCAUUUUAAAGCAGGUCCUGCUCCUUCAGAAGCCCUGACAGGCAAGUGAGGAUAUUUUGUUUUCUGGUGAGCUAUUUUUCUAAGUCUGAGCUGAAAUGUUUUCUCCCUUGUGUUAUUUGAUUUUAUUUUCCCUCUGUGAAAUCAGGAGAAAAAAAUAAAUUAAUGUGUGAAACGCAGUGAAUUUUUUUUUUCAUCUGAAAAAGUAAAAAUAACCUGACCUAGAAAGAUUACCCUGGCAAAACCUCUUUCUCCCGACCAGUUCUCAAGUCAUAAACACAGGAGAGAAAACAAACUUAGUUCACACUUU